CGCAGAUAGAAACAGAUCGAGACCUCCCAACGUGGCGCCAUGAAAAUCCAGCUGCUGAGCCUCGUUUCUGCUGCUGUGGCUCUUUCGCUGCCCGAGAUGCCUGCCUUGCCGGAUUUAGUUGGAAUCGUAGAGAAUCCUUUCCAUGGAAAUUUUACGGCGCAGACGGUUGAGGAGCCAAAAGAGUUCCUCCCAACGAUUGCAGAAAUCAGAGCCAUGACGGAUCAGGAAAGGGCAGAUCGUUUCCAUUGGUUUCUUUGUGUUUUUGUGGCGGUGUUUCUGUCUGUUACUAUUGUGGGAACGGUCAUCAUGGUUGUGGGAGCUGAAUUAAAAGCAUUCAGCUCCUACCAGGCUCUGGGUCAGACCGCCCCACUGAGCCAAGGAGCUCAACUACAGCUGGUCAUGUUGAGCUUCGGCAGCACGGUAUUGUUGAGCUUCGCGGCAUGUCUGUGGAGCCUGGAAAACGGAAGGCUGUCCAAGACACUCGGCUUGGACUGGGAAGUUUAUUUGUUGCUGUUUUGUUGUGCCGGUGCUUCCCUUCUCAUCCAAGCCGUGCUGGCGGUGGCCUGGCUCAAAGCGGGUGACCGCUUUGAUGCCACAGCUUUUGCUGUGGCUUCAUUUUCCUCCAUGGCACCGGUUUUUAUCUGACCAGUUUGACACUUUGAAAGACAUCAUUUUUGGAGGGCUUUGUUUACAGUCACAGCACGUUUUCAUGAAGAUAGUCGGAGUGUUGAGCUGGUCGUACCUAGUAGCCUUCCAUGCCUGGUUUUUUUAUCUUGCAAGAUACCCACCUCGCGAUUGGCUCGACCGUCCAAGAAGGGGUGCACUGGGUGCAAACUGUUUUAACGAGCUGGCCACGAGUCACCUGUCAGUUUUGCUAAUCGCCCCAAAGGUCCAAGGUGAGUGGUCCGGAGGUUGUUGGGAAGGCAUUAUCCUCCCCACAAUUUACAGACAAGUGACAAAGAGCAAGCGCCACCACUUGCUCAUUGAGAAUGUGCCCCAGGCACUGAUGUCUGUCCUUUUUUUGGCUGUUGAAGGCGGAUCCUUUUUUGUCGCUGCCUUGAAUCUAGUCAUACCUGGAGUACAGGUUGCUCUCACCUUUUUAUUGUUUGAGCCCGUGCGCUCGGCUGCGAUCCCGGCGCUGGGAAAGAGGCUCAACAGAGCCAUGAAAAGUGGCAACACUAUAGCGGCCAAAGUGUUGUGGGAAGAGGUAGAAAUCAUGGAUGAGGACGGGAUGUAUGACAGGCUGAUGCGUCUUACAGACGCAGAAAUCAUGGAUCGCAGCCAGCUUUUCGCGGAGAUGCUGCCGCAUUUGACCUUCUUUCUUGAUGUAACGAAGCGCUGCGACUUCAUGAGCGAAGAGCUGAAGGACCUCAACAAGCUCAGUGACUUGCAGCUCGAGAUCCUGAAGCGCAUGGCAGGUGCGUUCGCCCAGCAGGAUUUCCAUCUCUCUUUCCAGCAGAUCGGCGAUUCCGGCGCCAAGGUCUUGGCGGAGGCUCUGAAAAGCAGCACCGCCAAAAGGGUUCACCUAAGCUGCAACAAGAUCGGGGACCAGGGUGCAGAGGCCCUGGCUGAAAGCCUUAAGACCAAUGGAAGUUUGUGGUGGCUUUCCCUCCAUGACAACAACAUCGGUGACCGUGGAGCUGAGGCCCUGGCUGAAAGCCUUAAGACCAAUGGAAGUUUGUGGUGGCUUUCCCUCCGUGACAACAACAUCGGUGUCCGUGGAGCUGAGGCCCUGGCUGAAAGCCUUAAGACCAAUGGAAGUUUGGGGUUGCUUAAGCUCCAAAACAACAACAUCGGUGACUGUGGAGCUGAGGCCUUGGCCGCCGGGCUGCUGCAGAACCGAAGUCUUUCUUCAAUUUCUCUCAGUCGGGACUAUGGAUACAGGCUGUGGGGACUUUGGCGCACACAGGGCCGCAAGGCAUUGGAAGAGGCAGAGAAGAUCAAACAGGAGUGGGGCGAUGACUUCGAAAUCUGGUGGAUGUGA